CCUAAUAGUGUCUGAUUACAAGAGUGGCUUUGGGAAUUCCCCAGGAAAACACCUACGCGGCCAUACGGCAUUUUCUGGACAAACUAGCAAACAGUGAGCAAUUUGUAGUUUUAUAAUGCUCUGGACAUGGAGGGAAUCUGAGGCUUGUGCAACAGCGCUUGCCGCUGUUGUUUGGGAAUUUGUCCAGAAAGAGCCCAUCUUGUUCCCCUAAAAACAUCAACACUAGUCAGACGGAAUCCACCUGGACUAAAGGCAAACAGUUUCGUUUGAAAAGGAAAGGAAAGGUAAUUUCUCUUGUUACGGCUGGCACAAUUUAAACGGCUGCUUCAUAUAAAUGGAGGGGACGCAGGAUAUUCACGGUGAAUCCCGGAGACAGAAUGCACGGCCUGGACCCAGCGACGCUGUGGAGAAAAGGGGUGCCAUGGACUCCGUCCCAGAGGACUGGUGUGACAGCGGACUGGACUCCUUUAGCGGAGGUGGACUCGCUUUUGAUGUUCCCUACGACACUUAUACCCAGACCGAGCAGAUGUGGACACCUGGACGGUGUGUGUCUGACAUACAGGACACCCCGCCUUCGGACGAGCCCGACAACAGGAGCAGCUCGGACUGUGUGUCGAUCGGCGGCGGAGAGAGGCUCGACUCUGCCAUCGGGGACUCCAUUAACGAGGAUGCAGUGGUGGGGUGUCUCUCCGCUGGGAUCGGCACUAUGAUCCUGAGCGAGCCCGCAGGGACAGACAGACAGGUGGUCUCAAACACAGAGGAGAGUCGCCAGCGAAGGGAAGAGCUCUUCAACACGCUCAACUUUCUGUCGGAGGACGGGGACACAGUACUUCAUUUGGCGCUGAUUCAUGAGCAGUGGGGUUUUGUCCAGUGCCUCAUUGAAAACAUUGUGAAGGACAACACCUGGAUUCCUUACCUGGACAUCCAGAAUGACCUGGGCCAGACCGCUCUACAUUUAGCAGUCAUUGUAGACAGCAGUGAGUGUGUUCGAGCGUUAUUGUGGAGUGGAGCCAGUGCAGAGCUCCAGGAGAGGGGCGGAAACACACCGUUACACCUGGCUGUGAGAGAGCUGCGCACCGAGUGUGUGAGAGAGCUGACCAGCUGCUCACGGACACCACCAGAGCACCUAAACCUCACCAAUUAUGCAGGUGUAAGUGCACUCCACCUGGCUGUAUAUAGAGGCAAUUGUGAAGUCAUCAAAAUGCUGCUGGAGGCUGGAGCAGAUGCCAAUCAGCGGGAUCUGGGGUCAGGUCGGUCUCCAUUGCACUGGGCAGUGGAAAGUCAGAAGCUAGCAGCAGUGGAGCUACUAUUGAGCGCUGGUGCAUUGGUAAAUCAGCGGUCGUAUGCAGGCCACACACCCUUCUACUGUGCCCUUUACAGACCCAACAAAGAUGUCCAGACCCUACUCCGUGCCCAUGGGGCCACAUACUCACAAGACGAUGAAGAGGAGGAAGAGUGCAGAGAAAGUGAUGAGGAGGAGUUUGAUGACGUCAUCAUUAAUGGACAGCGAGUGCUGUAGUUGUAAAUCAUGAACACUGCUCUGCCAUUAGACCCUUUGAACUCCAGCUGGAUGAUUGCGGUGUCUGAGUGUAUCUGGUCGAGGCUAUUCUGUAUGUGUGUGUGUGUGUGUGUUUUUGUUAAUGGUACCGUAUGAUGUCUGUAUGCUGGUUUUGGUUCGGGUGGAUUGAGUAUGUAGAUUCUGUUUGUCAGGAUCAAAGUUAUUUCAGCCUGACUUCACGUAAAGCCUUUUAACAAUGGAGGCAGCUUUUCAUUUAAUAAAACCUCUCAUCAGCUCAUCUGGUAGGUAUCAUAAUUAAAGGGAUAGUUCAUCUUAAGAGACAUAUUCUGUUUUUUACUUCAAACUCAUAUGGAGAAGAUAUGUUAGGACUGUAUAUUUUGGAAGUGUUUUUUUGUGCGCACACAGAUGUUCAACGUUUAAGCAACAUUAAUCUAACAUGUCUUACAGUAAAUGUGUGUUUCAAAUAUGAAAUGGUCAAUAGGUGUUCAAGAGGUUGAGUAAAUGACCCCUUUUUUGGGUGAACUAUCCCUUUAAGAACCAAAUUAGCUAGAAGACACUAAACAGCCUACAUUGCGUGUCUAUGCUGUAUCAAGGCAUCUGUGAGGCUCCCACUAUAGGGGAUGUGUUGAUGUACAAGACGAAUAUAGUGGCUUUUUCCUUUAUUUUUGAAACUAAAUUAUUAGGCAGAUUUAGGUGAAGAACUCUUGAAGAGAAACACGAAUGGUUUUUAAUAAACUGGCUGAAUUACUAUUAUUGCUAAACCCAACUAUUUGCCGUGUUCGAGUGGAGCGUCACUGUUUUCAUUGUGACUUCCCAACCGUCUAAUGUGUGUUUACAGUGAAUGUUUUUAAUUCGCUUUCUGUAUAAUAUAACGGGUCUUAGGGGUCAAAUAGGAUAGACAAGAGGUGGACAUGAGGAAUGCAGGAAUAGAUAGUUGGUCAGAAACCGAUUUAAAGUGUUUUAUGCAUAACUAAAUGAAUAAAAUUAUCAUUUUUAACAAUUCUACAAUAGAAAUGACAACAGAUUCACAACUUGGGAAUAACAUGCAGAAACUCUUGACCGUUGUUCACAUUUCAGACUUCACUAAAUGCAGUUACACAAUCAUAGUGUCAAGAAUCGUAAACAUUCCAAAUUACAUUAAAUUCACACAAUUAAUUAUUUCUUAAAGCAUUUAAAAUAUAUUUUAAAUGUAUUACUAUAAUUAAAAAUAUAUAUUUUGAUUUGAUCUGUUUUGUGUCAAAUUGUUAUUAAAGUUGAGAUUUCUAGUCACUCACAUGGGGGCAUUAUGGUUGUGGACAUUUUGUCACCUGUUUCAGAUAUUUUAUUUGGCUGAGUGUGAAUAUUUUUGGGUGAUGAUUGGUAAAAUGAACGCUCAUUUGGAAAUCGGGGCUCCUGUUCUACUUGUCCUCUGUGAGUUGACGGUAUACUGUUGUGCAGAGCAAGUUUGUAAUUGUUAUUUGUCCGCUGGGAAUAUGCCAUUGAUUUGACUUUAUUCUUUCUGAAGCUAAGUAACAUGACAUCCAGGAGAGAGGGAGAAGUAACAUGUUUGGAGUAAGGCAAGUCUGACCCAAGUCUUAAAGGUUUGAGUGGUACAGUUGCUUUGAAGGGAAGUUGGAUUUGUGUUUGAAUCCAUGUGUACAAAUACAUGCUGCACAGAUUUCCUCUCACCUGUACUUAUUUCUGUUUACUUGGUGAUGGGUGAAAUCACUGAAAAGCUCUUAGCAACCAUUCAAAUGGACAAUAAACAAUAAUAAUGACGCAAA